AAAUCUAAUUGGAAUGUUUGUUUCAACAUUACCAUAUCGUGUUGAACUUGAUCCACAUUGGUCAUUUAAUGAAGUAGUUAAACAUGUUCGAGAAAAGUGUUUAUCAAUUCUUGAACAUUCUCAUUAUCCAUUGCAACAUAUUCUUGGUGAUAAUCGAACAAGUCAAUCGAAUGUAUCAUUUCUUGAGACAAUGUUUGAUUUCAUCAGUAUGUCAAGAAAUGUGGAACAUUUAAGUUUGAAUGAUGCAAACUUAGAACAAAUAUCACUAGAACAGUCAGCUGAAGUGUCUAAGUUUGACUUCUCAUUAACAUUUGAAUACAAUCCAUUAUCAGAUAACAAGAGACUAUCAUGUAGCUUUGUUUGUUCAAGUGAUUUGUUUGAAAAAUCAACUAUUUCAAAAAUAGCUGAAAGAUUUCGUUAUACGUCUGAGCGACUGUUUCAGAUACAAUCAAGCAACAUUUCUGUGAUGACUGCUAGUUCAUCGAUUAACAAAGUGUGUCUUAUUCUUCCUGAAGAAGCUGAAGAAAUGGAAUUGGUAGUGUUUCAUCGAUUGGAGAAUAUUGUGAAUGAAGGUAUGAUUUGCGCAGUUUGCUUUAUUGUUUCAUGA